CUUCGGGCUGGGUUAUGAAAAUCGGCGCUGUCUCGCUCAAAGAGGGGCUGUUGGGCGACCAUUUGAAAAACAUUACUUUGACCAUGGGGCCUCGUCGGAAAUCGGUGAAGCCGUGCAGGACCACCAGCGAAGGAUUAGAGAACAUUAAAGGGGGUGAUCCCAAAGAUUACAUGAACCAGCUUUCCCAUGAAGUGCUCUGCCAUAUUUUUAAGUACCUACCCUUGCAGGAUAUCAUGUGCAUGGAAUGCCUUUCACGGAAGUUAAAGGAAGCUGUGACACUUUAUCUACGCGUUGUAAAGGUAGUUGAUUUAUGCGCUGGACGUUGGUGGGAGUAUAUGCCCACAGGUUUCACUGAUUCUAGCUUCUUGAAAUUACUGAAGAAGAUGCCUGACAUAGAGCAGCUUUAUGGCCUUCAUCCAAGGUAUUUGGAAAGGCGCAGAGUUCGAGGUCAUGAGGCCUUUAGCAUUCCUGGUGUGCUGGAAGCUUUACAGUCUUGCCCAAACCUCCUGGGUGUAGAGACUUCACAUCUAGAACUUGUGGAAGCUAUUUGGACUUACAUGCCACAAGUUCAUAUUUUGGGAAAAUUUAGGAAUCGAAAUGGAGCCUUCCCUAUUCCACCAGAGAAUAAACUGAAAAUUCCUAUUGCUGCCAAAAUCCAAACCCUACACUUAGUCGGUGUAAAUGUACCUGAAAUUCCCUGCAUCCCAAUGCUGCGUCAUCUCUACCUGAAGUGGGUACGCUUGACAAAGCCUCAACCUUUUAAAGACUUCUUGUGCAUCACCCUGCGGACCUUUGUAAUGCGCAACUGUGCUGGUCCCACAAAUUCUUUGAAGUAUGUGCCACUGGUCACUGGUUUGGCUUCUGCUCGCAAUUUAGAACACUUAGAGCUUGUUCGGGUACCUUUUCUGGGAGGUUUAAUUCAGCAUGUGGUAGAAGACAGCUGGAGGUCUGGUGGUUUUCGAAAUUUGCACACCAUUGUCUUGGGAGCAUGCAAAAAUGCCUUAGAAGUGGAUCUUGGCUACCUCAUAAUCACAGCUGCAAGAAGGCUACAUGAAGUACGUAUUCAGCCUUCUUUGACCAAAGAUGGAGUAUUCUCAGCCCUGAAAAUGGCUGAGCUUGAAUUCCCCCAGUUUGAGACUCUGCACUUAGGAUAUGUGGAUGAAUUUUUGCUACAAUGUAAAAUGACAAAUUCAGACCUGAUGAAGUUUGGCUUAGCUGAUGUUGCCGAGAACCCCGGAAUCAUAACGGAUAUCGGAAUGAAGGCUGUGAAUGAGGUGUUCUCCUGCAUCAAAUACUUGGUGAUAUACAACUGUCCUCAUCUUCAUAAUCCCAAAAAUUGGAUCUCAGAUCACUCACGGUGGAGCCGGCUGGUUGAUCUCACUCUGGUGCGCUGUCAUGCAAUUAAGUUAGAAUCCUUCAGUCAGUUUGUUGAGUUGCUUCCUAGCUUAGAGUUCAUUUCAUUGGACCAGAUGUUUCGAGAACCUCCAAAGGGCUGUGCACGAGUGGGUCUUAGUGCUGGAACAGGCAUUGGUGUCUCCUCCGCACUUGUGAGCAAUCAAAAUUCCAACAAUGAGAAUGAAAACAACAACAAUCACCACAAUAACAACAACAACCUGCAGCACAACAACAAUCAUCAACCGCCUCAGAACCCAGACCCUCCCCAAGAAGCUGGUAACCAGGAGCCUGAACCGAGGCGUGAUAAUCUAGCGGAGGAACAACAGAUUGCUGCUGAGGCUUUAAAUGAUAUGGAGGAUGUUUCACAGGAUGAAAUAAGACCCGUCGAUGAAGAAAAUGGCAACGAUCAUGCAGCUCCCAGUCCAGCUGUGUUACCCAUGGAAAUGGAUGAGGAACGAGCAGGGCCCAGCGGACUGCAACCUGUGGUAAAAGCUGCUCCAAUCACAGUCCAUGAUUCAGACAGUGAGGAUGAAGAUUUUCUUGUGGGGUUUGCCAGCGCCAACACUACAUCCCAGAAUUAUUCUCCUGAAGAUAAUAGCUCACAAAUGGCAGAGGAAAAAAACGCCACAGUUAGUGGCAAAGGCAAAGCCCCUUUGCGCAAAAAGUGUAUUGUUGGGGUGAAAAGCCUCGCAGAGCAAAAUUUGCCCAGCGAAGAGACGAGCUGCGAGAAAGGGUGCCAGGUUACCAGUGAGCAGAUAAAAGCAGAUAUGAAAGCUGCCACGGACUUGCCUGACAGGAGCAAUAACAACGAUAGUGUGUCUGAAACACCAGCUGCAGAUGGCAUGAUCAAUGACUAUGAACCUCCCCCUCAAGACGUGGAAAAUGAACAGUCUUUGAAUGGCAGUAUUGAUACCCCAGAAGAAAUGGAGCAGUGUAGCUGCAGCAGGACAGAUUUGUCUCAACCCACUGUGCAAGAGCAGGAAUCUAAUACAGUGUGUUCCAUUUGCUUUAAAACUUUAAAAAAGGAGCAGCAGCAAGACAGGACUACAGGGUCCCUGGAGGGUCAACAACCAUCAACCAGUAGGUCCCCUUCAGAAAAUAGUCCAGAAUAUGCACUCAGGACUCCGCAGGUUGGGACACACAGGACUAAUGUAACAAUGGGUAUAGAUCCAAGUGCAUCACCUGCCUGCAGCCGUUUAGGUCCUCAGGCAAACCAGUCACAAAGGCCUUUAACAAGAGCACGGGCGCGACUUUCUCAGGUGCCCAUGGUGCCUGAUAGUGAGUCUCCAUCCCUAAAAAACAGGAAAGCUGUGAAAAGGAAGCGUACAGCAGACAAAUCCACGAGCACCAGUGACCCUGUUAUUGAGGAUGACCAUGUACAGGUGCUGAAUCUUAAAUCAAAAAAUCUCGUGGGCAUUACACUAACCAACUGUGGCAUUACAGACUUAGUUCUUAAAGACUGUCCUAAAAUGAUGUUUAUCCAUGCUACACGAUGUCGUGUAUUGAAGCACUUGAAGGUAGAAAAUGCUCACAUUGUAAAUCGCUUUGAUUAUGCACAAUGUAAAAAGCUGAACAUGGAGCAAGUAUUGGAUCAGAUUCUCCGGAUGCCCCCUGAGAGGAACCGUAUCAUUUAUCUGCGGCCCAUGCACCAGGUGGACACACUUAGCUUGGAAAGGAAGAUAUUCAGUGGACCAUACCCAUACCACAUUUGUAUAAUACAUGAAUUUAGUAACCCUCCCAAUGUCAGAAAUAAGGUUCGUGUUCGAAGCUGGAUGGACACAAUAGCAAAUAUAAAUCAAGAGCUCAUUAAAUAUGAAUUCUUUCCUGAAUCCACGCGGACUGAGGAGGAUGUGAAGAAAUACACAAAGUACCCCUGGGGUCGAGACAUUUACACCCUGGAAGGGGUUGUAGAUGGUGCACCCUACUCCAUGAUCACAGAUUUCCCAUGGUUACGUUCCCUCCGAUCCGCAGAACCGAACAGCUACGCCAGAUAUGACUUUGAGGAUGAUGAAAAGACCACUAUAUAUGCACCAAGAAGAAAGGGGCAACUUUCAGCCGACAUUUGUAUGGAAACCAUUGGUGAGGAAAUCUCUGAAUUGCGACAGAUGAAAAAAGGAGUGUUCCAGCGAGUUGUUGCCAUAUUUAUUCAUUACUGUGAUGUUAAUGGAGAACCUGUGGAAGAUGACUACAUAUAAUAGGAAUGCUUUGUUGAUCACAAUGAGAAGGAAACUUGAAAGACAAGAUGGCAUGCCAGUGGCAAAAAUAAAAGUUGCUCACAGACCAA